AUGAAACCUAUUCUUGUGGCCGGAGUAUAUCGCCCUCCUGACACCAAUAUGGCAACUGAUUCUAAGCUGGAAGAUAUCCUAUCUCAAGGUUACUUUGAGGGCAAAGAAUUUUAUGCGCUUGGUGACUUGAACAUUAACAUUCAUGAUCCGUCUGCUAUGAAUCAUCAACUAGUUCAGGGACUUCAUGCUAUGUCCAUGACCCAACUAGUUAAUGUUACAACAAGACCAGCUAGUAACACCUGCCUUGAUCAUAUUUGGUGUACGACAGAGGACAAUAUCGUGCGUAUUUCUGUUCCGCAAAUUGGGUUAUCAGACCACUUUCCUGUUUGCUUUAUUCGCAAGUUUAAUGGGGGACUAUGCAGAGAAAAGUCUCAUUUAACUAUUAAAUAUCGUUGUUUUAAGAUGUUUGAUAGCGCUAAGUUUAUCAAGGACCUUGAGAACGUUCCCUGGCAAAAGUUGGCUGCUAUUGACACUGAUCCGGAUGCAGCCUUAGAUACAUUUGAGCGAUUAUUCAAUGACGUUAUCAAUGAUCAUGCGCCUAUGAAAGAGAAACGUGUUAAAUUAUGGCGCCAGCCCCCUUGGAUGAAACCAGAAAUCUUGUCUAAAAUGAAGAAACGAGAUCGGCUCCUUAAAGAAGCCAUUAAUGUUUCUGGUAAAGUCAACAGAAACACUGAGGAGUGGUGA